AUGGGGCCACAAAGUGACGCCGAAUGGUCUGUCGAGUAUGAUACUCUCCGGCGGGAGCGGCUUUUUAGACACCCUCCAAAGGACGAAACAGCUUAUCCUGCGCUCGCGGCUGCCAUCCGGCCACACAUAGACUCUUUUAACGCCUUGUUCGAAGAUAGUAAGGUUUUGGAGGCAGCUCUAAAGGACAUCGGCAUCAAGUCCUUCAUUGACGGGAACUCGGAGACACCAGAAGAGAAAGCUGCGCGACGGCAGGAAGGAAGAAGAGCGCCGAAGAGAAACAAGCUUAGCCUGCGGAUAACAGAGUUGUUCCUCGAAAAGGCCGUUCUCCCACCAUCAAAUAAAUACAGCACCCGCAACCGUGAAAUUUACCCCGCGGAAUGUCGUGAGAGACAUGCAACCUACCGAGGCAAACUAAGGGCGAGAUUGGAAUAUAAAAUAAAUAAUGGAGAUUGGAAGGAAUCCGUCCGGGAACUGGGACAAGUUCCGAUCAUGUUACGGUCAAAUCGAUGCCACCUCGAAAAGGCCACCCCUUGCCAGCUAGUGGACCGCAAAGAAGAGUCGGAAGAGCUGGGUGGCUAUUUCGUUGUUAACGGUAACGAGAAACUCAUUCGAAUGCUGAUCGUCGCAAAGAGAAAUUUCCCUACUGCCAUUAUUCGAAACUCCUUCCAGAAACGUGGUUCGACGUAUACCAAGUUUGGUAUUCAAAUUCGCUCAGUCAGGCCAGAUCAGACUUCCCAGACCAAUGUACUUCAUUACCUCAGCGAUGGGAACGUCACGCUUCGGUUUUCAUGGAGGAAGAAUGAAUAUCUUGUGCCAGCCCUGAUGGUCUUAAAGGCACUUAUUGAAACCAAUGACCGCGAGAUAUUUGAGCGUCUGGUUGGCCGGGAAGGUUCCUUGGGCAUCGAGAAUACCUUCGUCACAGACCGUGUGGAACUGCUUCUGAGGACAUACAAGGCAUAUGGCGUCCAUUCUAGGUCCAAGUGCAGAGCUUAUCUGGGCUCUAAAUUCAGGUUUGUCCUUGGAAUGCCGGAAGAUAUUUCAGAUGAGGAUGUUGGCACAGAAUUCCUUCGAAAGAUUGUGUUGCCGCAUCUCGGUAAUCAAAACGUUACUGAAUCGCAGGAUAACGACAAGUUUAACAUGAUUUUAUUCAUGAUCCGGAAGCUUUAUACGCUGGUUGCUGGAGAUUGCGCUCCCGACAAUCCCGAUGCUGUCUCUAACCAAGAAGUUCUUCUAGGAGGUUAUCUGUACGGUAUGAUAUUGAAGGAGCGACUCGAAGAGUGGCUUAAAUCCGUUGGCCCUAUUGUCCGGGACUGGAGAAUGCGAAGUCAGGACGCCAAAUUCACAGACCCCAAAUUCGAGAGAGAAUUCCUCGCGAAGAUAAUUGGCAGAACGAAUGAAAAUAUCGGUGGCGCCUUGGAAUAUUUCCUAUCCACGGGUAACCUAGUCAGUCCUACCGGUCUCGAUCUACAACAGCCCUCGGGUUAUACUGUAAUGGCAGAAAAGAUCAAUUUCUAUCGAUUCAUCAGCCAUUUCCGAAUGAUUCACAGAGGAAGCUUCUUCGCCCAGCUUAAAACCACUACUGUUCGAAAACUACUACCCGAAAGUUGGGGAUUCCUUUGCCCUGUCCACACCCCCGAUGGUAGUCCUUGUGGCUUGCUGAAUCAUCUUGCACAUAAAUGUUUGAUAUCAACUUCAAACCUGGACGUAUCAGGUGUUCCUGGGGUUCUUGCUGGGCUGGGAGUAACAUCCGAAUCCUCAUGCUCGACAGAGGAAAGCAUUCCGGUCCAACUGGAUGGAAAGAUCCUUGGAUACUGCACACCAAAGCAAUCUCGUGCCAUUGCUGAUACCCUACGAUACUGGAAGGUGCAGGGCCAUAAGCACAUCCCUGUCGAGCUUGAGAUAGGCUAUGUUCCAAGCUCCAAUGGCGGUCAAUACCCGGGUGUCUACAUGUUUUCUGAAGCGGCCCGCAUGUUCCGACCGGUGAAAUAUCUCCCACUGGAUAAACUAGACUAUGUCGGUCCAUUCGAACAACCGUACAUGGAAAUUGCCUGUAUUGCCUCCGACAUCAAAAAUGGAGUGUCAACGCACAUGGAGUUUGACCCAACGCAUAUCCUAUCCAUCCUGGCCAACAUGACCCCCUUUUCCGACUUUAAUCAGUCGCCCCGUAACAUGUACCAGUGUCAGAUGGGUAAACAAGCAAUGGGGACUCCCGGUACCGCCAUAGAUUACAGAACGGAUAACAAGCUCUACCGACUACAAACCGGUCAAACGCCAGUUGUCCGGCCACCUCUCUACAACGCCUAUGGGCUCGACAAUUUCCCUAAUGGCAUGAACGCGGUUGUUGCCGUGAUUUCAUACACUGGUUACGACAUGGACGACGCUAUGAUAAUAAAUAAAUCUUCUCAUGAACGUGGAUUUGGCUACGGAACGAUUUACAAAACGAAAGUAUACGCGCUAGAUGAUAAGGAGUCUCGCGGACGAGGGAGGGCCAAGCGAUCAAUCACAAAACUAUUUGGCUUCGCUCCCGGUGGCCUGGUAAAAGCCGAAUGGAAAGCUCAGCUCGACGAUGAUGGCCUGCCGCAUAUCGGAUCGAAAGUUAGCGAAGGGAGUCUUGUGGGCGCGUGGCAUACCGUUCAAUACGAUCCGGCAACAGACACCUAUUUGAACGUGGAUAAACAGACCCAUUUCCUCAAAUACAAGGAUGGCGAAGAAGGGUUUGUGGACAGUGUCCGUGUUCUUGGAUCAGAGACAGGAAAUGAAGUAUGCCAGGCGGUCAGCAUCAAGUACAGAAUUCCUCGAAAGCCUGUCAUUGGUGAUAAAUUCUCAUCCCGCCACGGACAAAAAGGUGUUCUGUCCCAACUCUGGCCAUCAGCCGACAUGCCAUUCUCCGAAUCAGGAAUCCAGCCCGAUGUUAUUAUCAACCCGCACGCUUUCCCCUCUCGAAUGACAAUAGGUAUGUUCGUCGAGUCACUGGCUGGUAAAGCAGGUUCUUUACAUGGCCUCGCCCAAGACUCGACACCCUUCCAGUUCUCCGAAGAGGCGACAGCAGGCGAUUUCUUCGGCAAACAACUGCAGAAGGCCGGCUACAACUUCCACGGAAAUGAACCCAUGUAUUCUGGAAUCACAGGCCGAGAGUUUGCAGCCGACAUCUAUGUCGGUGUCGUCUACUACCAGCGUCUCAGACACAUGGUUAACGAUAAGUUCCAGGUCCGUACGACCGGUCCUGUUAACGCCUUAACUGGACAGCCGGUCAAGGGUCGUGCAAAGGGUGGUGGUAUCCGUGUCGGUGAGAUGGAACGUGAUGCCCUCCUAGCUCACGGUGCAGCAUUCUUAUUACAAGAUCGACUGAUGAACUGUUCCGAUUCCCAGCGUGCAUGGAUAUGUCGAACCUGCGGCUCCUUCCUAUCCACUCAGGUUGCUGUGUCGCAGUUGUUAUCACCGCAUAAGAACCCUGCAAUGGAAGCCGUGGUCCAAUCUACGGCAAAUGCGAUUGCUAAACCACUUAGCGGAGUGAGUGCUCUAGGUGGCGUGGCUGGAAUUGUACGGUGUCGAAGGUGUGCUAGGGAAGCAGUAUUCGACGAUGCUAGAGCGGAAGUGUGGGAAGACGGAUCUGGCAAACGGUUCGUCGGUGGUAGCGAUACGACCGUGGUCGCUGUGCCAGGGGUGCUAAAAUAUCUUGAUGUCGAACUUUCUGCGAUGGGUAUCAAGAUGAGAUUUCACGUUGAUAACUAA